GUAAAGGUGUGCGAGUCGUGAGAGAGAGAGAAAAGAGAAGAGAGAGGGAGGGAGGUAGAGAGAAAAGAGAGAUAAAGAGAGAGCCAGUCAGGUAGUCGCUAGUGGGUCACGCUGGAGCUAAGACCUUCCCUCAGCUCCUCGCUCUCCCACAAGGACGUGUAUGUGUACGGAUAUUGAGUGCCGUGUUGUGAUUGCUGCCAAGAAUAUUAUCGUUUGCUAGAGGCUACUUAACUUACGAGAGGGGGAAAAUGCCACUUGACUCCUCAUUUACCUCGCAGCGCCUCCAUACAGCAAGGUGACUCCACACGACACCCAGACACAGGGCAGAAGACGGAGACGAGGGAGAGAAGGUGGAAGGGGCGAAGCAAGAAGAAGAAAAAGAAAUAUCAAUACGGAGGCAGCCACGGCGUUCCAGAGGGUAAAAUGGAUGAAGACAGGCCGCGACGUAUGGCCGUGCUGGUACUUCUGUGUGGGGUGUUCCUAGUGACAUCUUGGAUCGAGGACUUCAGCAGGAUGGCGGCGGGUGGAGCAGCAGACACGGCAGCAGGGAAGGGCGUGGCGGCGGGAGCAGGGGGGAAGAUGAGCGGGAGGAAGGUGGCGAGGCCUCUAGAGGACGUGGAGGGAGGAAAGGAGAGGAAAGGAGCAGGAGGCAGGAAGGGAGACUACACCGCCGCUCACGAGGAGGAGGAGGAGGACGAGGAGAGCGAUAUGCCGGACUACAUCAAGAAGUUCAAAGACAAGUCACGCCUGUACGUGCGCACCUCCCUCCAGCUGGACCUGUACUCGUGUCUGCCUCGCUUCAUCUGUGAGCUCCACGCGCAGGCCCCCGGCGCCGACCUCACAGACUUCGAGAAGGACGUGCUCAAUCUGUUCAGGAACCACGUGGUGCUUGAAGGGCCCAGCUCCCCCGCCUACUCCUACCAGAUAGCCGCCCACAUGGGACAGCUGUGGGCGGGCGUGGAGCCGUCCCCCUGCCACUCCAUGUAUCCGUCCUGCCCCCUCUCCCGCACCCUGCUCAUAGACCUACUGAGGAACAUUAAGACCUCAAGAAGAAUGUUUUAUUAAGAGAGAGAGAGAGAGAGAGAGAGAGAGAGAGAGAGAGAGAGAGAGAGAGAGAGAGAGAAUAAUAGGUUAGUCUUUCGUGUGUGUGUGUGUGUGUGUGUGUGUGUGUGUGUUUCCGUUGCGGCCUCAGGUGAUAUAAGUGAGCUUACCAAACUAGUCGUAAGGUAACACACCUGAGCAACAGGGCGUACUGACAGCGUGCCUUUGGUAAUGCCUUAAAGGAACUAUGCAUUUUUUUCUAUAUAUAAUCAAUAUGUAUACUUCAUAUUUCUGUCAUUUUUCUGUUAUUCAAGGUUUAUGGGUCAGAUAUUAUACUCAGUAUUUUUUAGAUAUUUUUGGCUUUUUAAAACUCAGCUCAGUAUAUUGGUAAAUUUUGAGCCACGAGACCACAAACCUUAACACUUUUUAUGUAAUCUGUCGAUUUUUUUGUAUUUAAAUGUACUGAAAACGUCAUAUAUUAUAAUCAGCAUUGUAGAAACUUACUGACCUCUUAAAAUGCUACUUAAUAUAUAUGUAAGCUUCUGAGCCACAGAACUGUACAUUUUAACACUGAAGAUAUAAUUUUCUGAAUACGAAUUGUUUUCCAAAUUUGAUUGAAUAUAUCCACAUCAUCUUCUGUUACAGAAACUGCUCUAGGCAGUUUCUGAGCCGAGAGAACAAAUUUUAACAUGAAAUAUUUAAUUGUUGAAUAGCCUUCUUUUUCUUUAAGUAAACUUUUAUUUAUCAGUACGUCAUUUUGUGCCUUUACAAAUAGUGAGACUUUAAUAAGAAGCCAAAUAGUCAUCAUUCCAAUAUACUUAUAAUGUGAUACGCUUAGCUUGUGUGUGUAUAUGAGAUUUUUAAUGGCUGUAGGAAGGAAUUCUUAUAUAACAGAGUUCAGUUCAUUGUCUUAUCCUUGUGUGUGUGUGUGUGUGUGUGUGUGUGUGUGUGUGUGUGUGUGUGUGUGUGUGAGAGAGAGAGAGAGAGAGAGAGAGAGAGAGAGAGAGAUGAUUGUAGCGCCAUGUGUAAACUGAUAUUUAUAUAUUUUUGUACCAGCCAUUGUUACAUCCUGUUAGAGUGUGUUGUUUUAAUUAAGAAAAUGUGGAAAGGAAUACUCAAAAAUACACAAAAUGAUAAAUAAAAUGGAAAAACAAUAAAUGGGUACUGAA